AUGAACUUCCUCAAGACUCUCGGGGGUCUCGUGGGCUCGAGUGCGACGGGCGGACUGCCCUACGUGAUCGACACACCGGGAAUGGACGGCAACGUGGCGGCAGAUGGCGCUGCCGGUGACAGCGUCGUGUUCGAGGGCUUGCCGGACUUUGUGCUGCACUCGGGCAAGAGCAAGCAGGACCCGUGCCACUCUGUGUCUCUUUUCAAGUCGCGACAGCCAGCGACGCAGCUCACGCUGAACGCUUUGCGCCGCAUCAAGACGCUCCGCCAUCCUAACAUCUUGGCGUACCAGGACGGCGUUGAGGUGCCGAACAACGGCCCUGUGAUCAUCGUUACGGAGCACGUCAUGCCCUUGUCCGAGUUCCUUACAGCGCUGCGUAUGGAGUACGGAGCUCAGAGCGAAGAAUUUGCCAUGUGUGUGUCCUGGGGACUGCGUAGCGUCCUCAUGGCGCUGCAGUUUAUCAACGUGGACUGCAAACUCAUCCACGGUCGCCUCACACCCCAAAGUAUUUUCGUCACAAAGGGUGGGGACUGGAAGUUGGGCGGCUUUGAGCUAACGGCCGAGAUCACGAGCGAUGGGCCAUCAUACAUUUACACGGCUUUCCAACAGUAUACAGAUGUCAACUACAAAUCACCAGAAUGCCAACGCUCCAACUGGAAAGCGGUGGCAACGGGGCCACCUUACGGCGUCGACAUGUGGGCGUUUGCUUGUCUCAUGUUCUACGUGUUUAAUGACGGUCAAUUCCGAUCAAGUGACAUUUCCACGGGCGCCAAUAUUCCACCGGCAAUCCGAACUCAGUUUCGCAAAGCCACCGACGCUAAUGCUGCUCGGCGACCAAGUCCACAGAAGAUGCUGGGCUGUAGCUACUUUGAUACACCGUUUAUCAAGCGGAUGCAAGUUUUGGAGAACCUCGCUGUUAAGAGUUCGGAUGAGAAGGCGGCUUUUUACAAAGAGCUUUGUGCCAAUAUCGAGACGCUACCGCGCUGCUUUGGCGUACACAAGAUCUUACCAGCUCUGAAACAGAUCGUGGAGUUUGGUUCAAUGACUGGCGCAAAGAAUGGGCCUGUAAAGCUGGACCCGUCGGCUAGCCACAUGCUUCCAGCUAUGGUCCAAAUUGGCGGCUCCUUGUCCGCCGAAGAAUUUAAGGCCGAGGUUCUUCCGAUCAUCAUUAAGUUAUUCAGUUGCAAUGAUCGUGCGGUCCGUGUGCAGCUGUUGCAAAUGAUGGAGAAGUUUACGGUCCACUUUGACGCAAAGCUUGUGAACAGUACGGUUGUCUUCGAUAACUUGUGCAGUGGGUUUACCGACGCAGCUCCAGUGCUGCGCGAGCUUACUGUCAAGUCGAUGUUGCACAUCGCAGACAAGUUGUCCGAUAGCAACCUCAACAACCGUGUUAUGAAGUAUUUUGCAAGGCUUCAGUCAGAUCCGGAGCCAGCUAUUCGAACAAAUACCACCAUUUGUUUGGGGAAGAUUGCCAGCAAACUGAAUGAUACAACAAGGCCAAAGGUGCUGUUUCCAGCGUUCGCAAAAGCACUAAAGGACCCGUUCCCGCAUGCGCGUCUCGCUGGACUUCGCUCAAUGACGGCGUGCCAAGAGUACUUUACGCCACAAGGUGUGGCUAGCAGUAUUGUUCCAGCUAUCUCCCCUCUUCUGCUUGAUGUGUCAGUUACAGUUCGAGACCAAGCAAAAAUCUCGAUGGAUAAAUUCAUGAAGACAGUACUCGACGAAGCUGACCGCAUGAAAGUCGGGGAAGAGCUAGAAGCAAGACAACGUGAAUUGAGGCACGCCUUAGGUGACGUAGACGAUGCUGGGGCUAAUGGGGCCAUCCUUCCAUCGUCAAGUGGCGGCCACAGUACGACCGGAUACGCGUCUUCCCUGACAGCUUGGGCGUCCUCGGCUGUGGCGUCUAACGUGAACAAGCUGGUUGGAAUUGGUGCAUUAUCGUCUGCAAUGCCUGCGCUGGAUGCAUCAGCUGCCGCUUCGUCGUCACACUCGACUUCCUUCCCGAGUACCAAGAUUGAAACCGAUGGCGCUAGCUCGUUGACCAUGCCAUCGUCGAAACACAACAGCUCUAACACGUUUCCAGCAAAAGAUGGUUGGAAUGAUGACGACGACUUGGACGGUCUGGACAGUCCGAAGCGUUCAAAUGCCGGUUUCAGCACGCCGCUAUCGGUCAACCGUGGGGCCAGAUCAUCGAAUGCGUCAGCAGCGGAAUCUUCGUUGUCCAAGUCGAUGUCUUCGUCAACUUCAUCCGUCAAGCUAAGUGUAUCUUGUAAACCGGCAACGAAUUUGACGUCUUCCAUGUCGGGAAAAACCACGACAUCGACGUUUGCGAUGGACGCUGCUGACAAUGAGUGGGCAGACGACAACUGGGGUGCUGACGACGACCUUGGUUUUGACGCAUCAGCGCCAAAGGCGCACAGGCUUAGUGUGGGCUCUCAGAAGGGAGCCAGCAGAUUGAGUACAUCUUCUCUUUUGACCAGCACCACAUCGAUAUCCAGUACGUCUGCCGGGUCGUCGAUAAAAGAGAAGACGACAAGUGACCAUCGGGCAGAAGCUCAUGUAAAAAGCAAGGCAAAGCGUGAACCGCUAGGUGCAAUGAAGCUGAAUUCUACGGCGAGUGAAAAGGCGGACAACUGGAAUUGGGAUUUCUAA